AUGCCAGUUGCAAAGAUAGCACCCUCAAUGCUUUCUAGCGAUUUUUCGCAACUAGCAAAUGAAUCUGAUCGAAUAAUCAAAGAUGGCGCUGAUUGGUUACAUAUGGGUACACACUUUGUUCCAAAUAUUACUAUUGGUGCUCCAGUUAUUCAAUCUCUUCGUAAACAUACAAAUGCAUUUUUAGAUUGUCAUUUAAUGGUUGAUAAUCCUGGAAAGUGGGUUGAUGAUUUUGCAAAAGCUGGUGCAUCUAUGUUCACCUUUCAUAUAGAAGCAAUGGAAAAUCCUGAAGAUAUUAUUGAUAAAAUUCAUAAAGCUGAUAUGAAAGUUGGAAUUGCCAUAAAACCAAAAACUCCAAUAGAAGCUAUAUUUCCAUUUGGUGACAAGAUUGAUAUGUGUUUGGUAAUGACUGUUGAACCAGAAAAAUUUCCUGAACUUGACAUUGAAGUUGAUGGAGGUCUUGCUCUUGAUACAAUAGAUCAAGCUGUUGAAGCAGGUGCAAAUGUUAUUGUUGCUGGGACUUCUAUUUUUAAAGCACAAAGCCCCAAAGAUGUGAUUUCUACUUUUAGAGAGAAAAUCAAUGCUGUACAAAUUAAAUCUUGA